AUGGUCGCUUUGGGCUCAAAGAAGAGUUCACUGCAGGUUAGUCCAGGAGAUGCGCCUGAGGUAGUUCCAGUAUCCGUGCAGAUGCUCACUACAAAAACAUCGUCGAAACCUAAUUCCCCCAAAUCACCGAGAUCUGGGAGGUCCAGCCAUGAUCAAGAUGUGCUCCAGCCUAAAAUCAGUCAAGGCUUGUCUCUAUCAUCGCCCCGCAAAACCGGCCCAUUCGCGUCGAAAUCCUCUCCACCGCUAAGACCCAAGAAGUCCUCAAAGUCACCUUCGCCAUCCAGAGGAAAAUCCAGUUCUUCGAGAAACUCACCUCAGAUGGACGGCGUUGUGUCACCUCCGUCAAGUCUUAAUGGAAAGAAUUCCCUGGAUGCAGAAACUCUCCGAGUUUUUGAUCCUGAGACUAUGCGAAUUCGUCAAAUUGUAUCAGGAUACGGUGCGGAAAACGGUUCUGUUGAAGGGCCUUGGGAUUACGAACCUGGACCGCCUUUCACACUCACCGUGGCAGGCGUUUGUGACGCGAAUGAUAUGUAUUACUUUCCAUUGCAAGAGCAAAUUGCCUAUUUGGAAAGCAAGCUAAUCGAUUUGGCAAUGCGAUACAACAAUCUGGAAGACGAACAUCGUGUGGUACGCCAAAGUCACGAGCAUUUGAACCGAACGGUGCGGGAAGCAAAUUUGGUUGCCCGGGAUCAAGUGGUGUUUGAAAACCUCAAGUUGAAAUAUCAACUAGCAGCGACGGAACUAGAGGACGCGAGAAAACUGAUAAGGGAACUGCGACAGCUGGGGUGGGAAAAUUUGCCUCAACGAAUGCUAUACGAAUGCAAGAAGACUCAUGAUGAAAUGUUUUGGAAUAACAAGGAAGUCUAUUAUAGGAGUCUUCUGCUAAAACGUAGAGAGUUGUUGUUGAGCCUGGCCAUGCUGUACCUUUUUUCACACUAA